AUGCCAGCCAGACAAAACAAACGAGCUCAAGCCAAACAGGAGACUGUUGAGUGGACCAGUUUAUUUCAGCAGGAGCUGGAGACUGAGACUCAGUCACUAGUCUUCGUCAAACGCAUGGUGGUUGUAGCAGUAUCCUCCAUCACCUAUCUGCGUGGGAUAUUUCCAGAGGACUCCUACAGAUCCAGAUACCUGGAAGAUUUGUGCAUCAAAGUUCUUAGAGAGGACUGUUCAUGCCCUGGAGCCUGCAAGCUCGUUAAAUGGCUGAUGGGAUGUUUCGAUGCUUUGGAGAAGAGAUAUCUACAAAUUGUGCUUAUUGGGGUGCACACAAAACCAGAUGACAGCAAUCAUGUCAUUGAGUCCUAUCAGUUUAAGUUCAGGUACUCGGAGCAGGGACCGCAGAUGGACAUCUUGAGGAAUGAGAAUGUGGAAGUGAGAGUGACCACGAUGGACACUAAGAACGCUUCAACCCUCCUGAUCAGGAAGCUGUUCCUCCUCAUGCAGAAUCUCGAGGCUCUGCCCAAUGCUGUUUACCUCAGUAUGAAACUCUACUACAACGAUGAUGUCACUCCCCCUGAAUAUGAACCACCGGGAUUUAAGGCAGGUGUAUAUGACAGUCUGUGGUUCGAGGGAACAGCAGUGCACUUUAGAGUGGGUGAUCUACAGUCUCGCUUCCACACCAUGAAACUGCGUGUGGCGGCAGCACAGAGUCGUCUAGGGAAGCUACAGGAGGGUGGCCGACUAAGUGAGAAAGAAGGGGUGAAGGAAACACACACUCACUUGAAAGUCAGAGCAGCAGAAAAGGUGACCAGAGACUGCUUUGAUCAGGAUCUGCCAUCUGAGGAUGAGUCCGCAGCACAGUUUAAGCUUCCCAAAAAAGCUAUUACAAAGGUUUGA